AUGGAGAGCACCGCGGGGCCGAGGAAGAGGCAGCAGGCCGCGUCGGCCUCUGGAUCCGUGGCCCCGCACUUGCCCGAGGAGCUCGUCCGGAACAUCCUCCUCUACCUGCCUUCCUGGUACGUCCACCGCUGCCGCGCCGUUUGCAAGGACUGGCUCCGGAUCGUCUCCGACCGCGAGUUUGCCGUCGACCACCACCGCCUCCAGCCGACGCUGCCCCUCGCCUCCUUCCUCCGCGGCGCCGCCGGUACAAAAGCGGAGACGGAGACGGAGACGAGCCCCGUGGACUGCUGCGUCGACGCCUUCGACCUCGGCGCCGCCGGCAGUUUCCGUCCCGUCGUCCGGUUCACCGACAAGGAGGAGCGGUGCGGCGCCGGCGCCGGCGGCUUCCACAUCCUCGGCUCCUGCGACGGCCUCCUCCUCCUCAGCUUCGAGGACCGCUUCUACGUCUGCAACCCGGCGACGCACCAGUGGACGCGCCUCCCGACGCCGCUCCGCGCCUCGUGGUUCGCCGGCUUCUACCGCCACGACCCCACCGGAGAGUACCGGGCCUUGUUCUACCGGGACCAGUGGCCCGGCGAGGACUACUACAUCAUGGUGCCGGACUCCAGGAGAGGGAGGGGAAUCGGCCUGCCGGCGGAGAAAGAUGGGUACAAGUUCAGAGGACAGCCGUAUGGCCCGCCGGUCCUGCUCCGCGGCCACCUCCACUGGAUGCCGCGGCAGACGGAAGGCUACGGGAUACUGGCGUUCAACACGACCACCGAGGUUCUCACGGUUAUGUGCCCUCCUGUGGUUCGGGAGCACAUGUCGUUGGUUGCGGUGGGUGACGAGCUCGCCAUGGUUAGCUGCGGCAACAAUGUCACAAUGGUCGAGCUCUGGCUUCUCAAGGAUUACGAGAACGAGAUCUGGGUCUGCAUGCACCGGAUCCGGCUGCCGGCGGUGAAGGUCAGCACCUUCUCGUUCGAUGAGUUGUGGCGUAUGUUCUUCAUGUCAGAAGAGGGAGUUGUGAUAGUCACCCCAGAGCAGAAGCUGGUGCACUAUGACAUGAAUGGGACUCUGCUGGAAAGCUUCCCUUGCGAUAAUGUCCGCCAUCUCAAGAUUGCUCCGUAUACCUUCAAGGAAAGCCUCGUUCGGCAUGCGUUCUUUGAGAUACAGGAUUGCAAUGCCGGUGAUCAUGAAGAUGAACCAGAGCAACCGCCUUUCUUCCAGGGGCUGUAG